AAGGAAAAUAAAGAAACCCCUGUCUAACUACCUCAAACACACUCGUAUAAAAUCUCAUACAAAAUAGAGAAGAAAAGAAACAAUUCUUAAGAACCUCGAGAAAAGAACCUUAUUAAGAUAUGGCUAUGGUAGGCUUGAGGUUCUCCUUCUUUUCAUUCAUUAUUGCAGUAGCCGCUAUCCUUCUAGCCAACCAAGCUACAGCAAAUGACUUGUGUGCAGAUGCAAGCGACAGUCGCAUUUGCAGGGCACUCGUCAAAGGAAAGACCGAUCCAUUACAAGCUGCAGAAUACAUUGUUUACAAGUUAAUAGAGCAAACAAAGAAGGCAAAAGAUAAGGCAAGCAAGCUCGACAAAAAUCAAAAUGCGAAAAUCUGCUUGAAGAGUUAUGCUGAUGUCAUUUCGAACCUGAACCAAUCCCUGAAGGACCUUAAGAAGGGCGACAAGGGUAGUACUGAAGACAAACUUUCUAGUGUAAUUGCUUCUAUUGAGUCCUGUCAGGAUGCUUAUACAGAGGAAAAUUCAACUUCACCUUUAUCCCAGCACAAUAAACUUUUGGAACUUAUAGCAGACACCUGCUUGUCUGUGUAUCAACAAGCUCAUUGAAAAGGUUUUGUGUUGUUGGAUUCAUGGAUGGUAAUAUCCUAGCACAAGAUGGUAAUAUCCAGGGAUGGUUUAUUGGGUUUCAAUCCUGAUAUAGUUUUCAAUUCACCUAAUAUCAUUUUGUUGAUGGGUUCGAUUGUUGAUUCAAUUAUACUUUGUAAUUUGUGGUCAUGAUUUGAUGGCUAAAUAGAAAUUUAAAGUUAUGCGCUAUUUACUAGAAAAGGCCAUCUUCUGUUUCUUGCUAGAGAAUAUAAUACAAAGCAUUCUUUGAUA